UUUACAUUGAGCAUAAUUGACAUGUCACAUUGUGUAAGCCUGAUGAUACAUUUGUAUAUUGCAACAGGAUGACUGCCACGGGUUCCUGACCAUUCUGUCCUGUCUCUGGGUCCAUGGGCUUCUCUGCUUGACCCUCCGUGAGACCUCUGGACUCCUAAGACCCUCUGGAUCUGGGAGGGGAGGAGAGGAUGCCCCAGGGUCAGAGGGUCCCAGAUCACUGAAAAGAGGAGGCUGACCUCUCCUCCCCCCACCCUCAGCCCAGAGAUUUCCUCAUCUGCCGCGACACCUUCCGGUGGGUGGGGUGUGUGUGGGCAAAUUGGCAGACUGGGAACCAUGGGGUCUGAGGAAAUCUGCUUGAAUCAGGAGGUCAAGAUGCAAGCAACAGCCUUCAAAGACAAGAAACAGAGGGCCCCAGACCAUAAGGAAGGUUCGGUACCUCAAGGUGCAGACCCUGACUAUGAGAAUAUCACCUUGACCUUCAGAAACCAGGAGCAACCAAGGGGCAGCCAUUCACCACCCAAGAAUCGAGGCAAGCAGCCACCUGCCAGCCCGCACCUCACAGCCUCGGGAGGGGCCCCUGUCCCAGCCUGGUCGAGGCCGGCCCCAGACUCUGCCCAGGUCCCUCGUUGGCUGCACAGAGCCACCCUGAGCCUGUACACCCUCCUUGCCCUGUUCUGCAUCGUUCUCUUGGCCUUGGUCCUGGUGAAGAAUUCUGAGGUGUCCCAGGAGCUGCUGGUCGUGAAAAGGGAGCUCCAGAAUGUCUCCAUCUCGGGACAACAGUGUCAGGAGGAGCAGAAACAGGGCUGGAGCAGCAUCCAGCAGCUCAUCACGGAGGCCAGGCAGGACAUUGACAUGAUCAAGAGAAAUGUCCACAUGGGGAAUGAGAAAGUGAAGAUGCUGUCAACAGACUUAAGCCAGAUCAAGACUAAAUUACAUGAAAUCUCCAAGAUACUAGAGAAGAAGCCGCAGCCACAGCCCACAGCUCAAUAAAUGAGAAGACAUUGACACCCAGGCUGCAGCUUGGAGGACGGGGCUGCACUUCCCCGUGAAGACGGCCGCAUGCGUGCCUCAUGGCGUCAUGGGAGCGAUAACACAUGACACAGUGGGCGGCUGUGUCAGCAAGGACCGCAGAAGUGUGUCAGCCUGGGCGCGGGUGUUGGUAACACGUGUUGCACUGUGAACACGUGUGAAUGUCCUGUGGUAUGUUGUGUGUGAAUGUCAUGGAGCUGUGUGUGUGCGUGUGCGCGUGCGUGUGUGUGUGUGGAGCACCCGCUACAUCACUGUAACUGCGGGUGUUGAGUGUGUACCCCGUCACUACCUGUGUUGUGUGAACAGGCGGGUGUCAGUGUGUGACUGAUUAUGUCACGGAGGGUGUGCAGAGCGGGUACAUUUGUGCGUUCCCUUGUUUCUGCACUCACGUUUUGUGAUUUGUGACGAUAAAGGCCAAUGGGAAAGAAUGUGGCUUUCAGAUCUGUUCCUGGGAGCAUCUGGGGGUGGGGGUGGGGACCCGGUGGCGGAGGGUCUGCAAGUAUUAAGGGAUGAGGAAAGUCACACAGCAAGCACGCGCACGUGAUAACCAGGAGCCCUGGGGGCACGAGCGUGUGUGAGCAUGAAUGCCCUGAAUGGGUCCUUUUGUGCCCAUGAACUUGUACCCAGCGAGGAAUAGUCUCUGUGCCUGAGACUGUGUGCCCAGUAGGGUUUGUGGCCGGAGAUAUACACUGUUUCCCUAAGUGGGGCGCCUCGGUGGCUCAGUCGGUUAAGCGUCCGACUUCGGCUCAGGUCAUGAUUUCCCAGUUCGUGGGUUCGAGCCCCGCGUCCAGCUCUGUGCUGACAGCUCGGAGCCUGGAAGGUGCUUCGGAUUCUGUGUCUCCCUCUCUCUCUGCCCCUCCCCCACUUGCAUUCUCUCUCUCUCUCUCUCUC